UUCCAAAAAUACCCUUUUUAGUGGGUCCAAAUUUACAAAAUAUCUUUGUAUGGAUGUUGUCCAACCCAUUAAAUCAUCAGGGGUAGUUUGUGUAAAUUCCUGAGCAGUUACUAUCGCAUGUAGACAAUUCCUGCAUCCUGCUUCACAGUUCACACUACCUACUCUCUCGUGCUGACAAUAAUGUUGCUUUUACUGAACCGUUGGAGAACAUUCAAUUUUUUUUUUUUUUAUAAAAGAAAAAACUUUAAGGUCAUACCUUGAUAUUCAGUUAAAUUGUUUUGGCUAUUGUGGUUGCACACAGUAUUGGGAUUUUUCAUUUAUCAAUAGUUAGUUGUUGGGUUUGUGGGUCCAAAAUAAUAGCAUUGAUUGUGUGAAGAUCUAAACACACAUCCAUUUGCAAUCUUACACCUUGUGUUCUGUAAAAAGGAUAAGUUAAGCUUCAUAAUGCAGACUACUCCCAAGGGAAGCAGAGGAAGCCCCAAGGAGUCACCUCGAAAAGGCGGCUCUAUUCGACCAGUCAGACAGCUGAAAAUUAAUUCAGUUGAGCCGAGCUCCUCAUCCCUCUCAAGUACUGCAGUUGUCAAGACUCCUAAAGAUAGAAGCCCAAAAGUUACUGAGCGCCGAUCACCAAGGAGCCCCGUCUCUGAGAAGAAACGCCCUAGCAGAUUGUCAGAACUAGAGUCUCAGAUUUCCAAACUCCACGAUGAUCUAAAGAAGGUGAAAGACCAACUGAUUGCUGCUGAAUCAUCCAAAAGGGAGGCUCAGGAAGAUGCAGAGGAAGCAAAAAGGCAGUUAGCAGAUGUUUCUUCAAAAUUGGAAGAAUCCCAGAAGCAACUUGAUCAACUUCAUGCUUCCAAAGACGAAAGUAUUGUAAAUCAAAACAAGUCGGAGGAAAAGGAGUGUGAAUGGGAGUCUCAGAUUGAAUAUAUCCGCAGGCAGCACUCAGUUGACUCAGCUGCUCUAGCCUCAGCCUUGGAUGAGAUUUGUAGGCUGAACCUGCAACUUGAGAAGGUCCAUAAAUCUGGCAAUGCACAGGUUGAGAAAAGUGAAACAAUACAUGCUGAGCUUCAAAGUUUGAAAGAUAACUUGGCUGAAACUCUGUCUCUUCUGGACAGCAUGAAACAAGAGCUAAACGGAUCAAGAGAAUCUGAAGCUCAAGCACAGAAGCUAGUAAGUGAAACCCUACUCCAACUAGAAGCUGCUAAGGAGACUGUCAUUGCCCUCAGAUCAGAUGUCAUCAGAUCCACAGAGGCUUACAAUUCUGUUGCAUCUGAACUGGAGCAGUCAAGGGAACGUGUAAGCUAUCUUGAAGGUGUUGUGGGAGGACUUAAUGCUGAUCUCAUGAAAUGCAGGAGCGUUAAUACUCUUAAUGUUGCCGGUGAUCAAAUAUUGCCGGAGGAUGUCAAUCAGCUUCAAAUGGAGCUGCAAACUGCAAAGUCUGAUGUUAGGCAGCUCAAAUCUGCAUUAGACGCUGCUGAGAUCAGAUACAACGAAGAACAAUCUCAUGGCAGCAUUCAGAUUAAAAAUGCGUCUGAAUGCUUGGAGCAGAUUAAGGUGCAAUCCAGUGUAAGAGAGGCUGAGCUGGAAGAGGAGCUGAAGAAAGCUAGUGUUAGUAUCGAUGAGCUGAAGGCAAAUCUGAUGGACAAGGAAACAGAAUUGCAAGGCAUUUCCGAAGAAAAUGAAAGCUUGAGUAUGAAGCUCGAGAAAUCUCAGCUAUGCCAGAGAGAAGAGGAAAUGGAAAAUGAGCUGAAAAACAUGAGGGAACAUGUAGCUAAUUUAAGGGCAAAUUUGAUGGAUAAGGAGACGGAACUACAUAGGCUGUCAGGAGAGAAUGAGAUGCUGAAGCUAGAGAUUGGUAAACAGGAAAUGGAAAAGAGUGUCGAUACUGAUCAAGUCACUGCUGAGAUUGAUGCAUCGCGAGCUGCCGAACAAGAUGCUUUGACAAAACUUGGGUACAUGAUGGAAGAAGUAGAUAAGAGUAACAGGAAAGUAGCCAGGGUUUCUGAGCAACUAGAGGCAGCUCAGGCAGCAAGUGCAGAAAUGGAGGCAGAGCUUAGAAGACUUAAAGUGCAAUCUGAUCAGUGGAGAAAGGCGGCAGAAGCUGCUGCUUCCAUGCUUUCACCCGGGAGCAACGGAAAAUAUGUGGAGCGAACCGGAUCAUUUCCUCUUGAUAGCAAGUAUAGCCCUGUUGGGGGGAGACAUAGUUCACCAUACUUGGAUGACUAUGAGGAUGAUUCCUUCAAGAAGAAAAAUGGCAAUGUCCUUAAAAAGAUUGGAGUUUUGUGGAAGAAGCCACAUAAAUGAUAUCCUGAAACAGAUAUAUUGAAGGUGCUUCUCACUGCAGUGGCUCAAUGAAUUUGCUGUCUUCAGUGUCUUGUACUUGGUGACUGGAUUGUUUUUGCAGUAUUCAGUAUUAGUAUAUUAUGGCGCCUAAUGGAAAGACUAGUAAUAUCAUCCAAGAAUCUUUGUUUUCAUGUAUAUGUAUUAGGACUAGUUGGGAAGAGCAGUUCUUCGUGUAUGUGACUGUAUUUUUGGUAAACCGAAUAUAUCUGGUUUACUAAUGGACUCUGCUAAUUAUUAUGACUUGUGCAUUUUAAGGCCAGUUUAUGGA